GGCACAGGCUGAGUGUGUACAGGCAGUGAGCAUGACUAUACAGGCUGUGAGUGUGUACAGGCAGUGAAUGUGAGCGUGUGCAGGCUGUGAGUGUGUACAGGCAGAGACAGUGAGUGUGCAGGCAGGCGGGAGCGGGGCAGCCGCGGUCUCCAUGGUUGCCGGAGGGGGCCUGGCGGGGAGUGCGCAGGCGCACUGCUUCUCGGGGACGGUGCCGAGCGCGGAGACGGUCACAGAGAGAGCGGCCGGUGGGUGGCGAGACACGGGCCUGUUCAUCACCGCCGGCAGGGAGCUGCACCAACACCCUCGUCCCGGCUGCUCCACUUCCGAGGCGGCGGAGAGCCCGGAGCGGGAUCGGGAACCAGGAGGAGAGCUAAAUACCAGGCAUGGCCACGACAGAAGUUACAGUGAAGACUCUGGACUCCCAGAGCAGGACCUAUACAGUUGAAGAAGAGCUCACAGUCAAAGAAUUCAAAGAACACAUCUCCAGCUCUGUAAAUAUCCCACCCGACAAGCAGAGGCUCAUUUAUCAGGGCCGAGUUCUGCAAGAUGACAAGAAGCUUAAAGAUUAUGAUGUCCACCACAAAGUCAUCCACUUGGUCGAGCGUGCUCCACCGCAGGCACAGGCAGCGUCAGGAGGUCUUUCCUCGGCAGGCUCUUCCAUGCCCCACCCAGGAGCCGGGCGAGGGACUUCAGCUGGACCCCACGACAGGAAUGCCAACAGUUAUGUGAUGGUGGGCACCUUCAAUUUGCCAGUCAACCUUCUAGACCCUCAGCAAAUACAGCAAUCAGUGCAGCAGGUGAUGGCAGGUUUGGGUGAGGCUGGUCGGAAUACACGAGUCACAACUUCCACCGGGGUAAGUAGUGAUGGAUCAUCGAUGGAUGUGCACAUCAAUGUGGAACAGAGUCCCAUCCAGAGUGAGCCCAGAGUUCGUCUAGUAUUGGCGCAGCAUAUGCUGAGAGACAUUCAGGGGAUCUUGAACAGGCUGGAGGGUCAUACGAAUGGCAGUCCCCAGGAGACGGCCGCACAGAGCCCAGGGGGUGCCAUGGGCUUGCCAGGAGAACCUGCAACACCGACCCCUCCAGUAGUAGGAGAAACCAUGGAGACAUCCAGUUCGGAGCCUUCACCAGACACAACGGCCCCACCUCCAGAACCUGCGGCAGAGCAUGUCUCCCAGGAGAGUACAAGCACAUCAACAUCCACUGAACCCAAUGUGGGCUCCUCCUCAGCUACCACACAGACCGAAGAAGCUCCGCCUGGGCCCAACCACCCGUCCCCCACAGAGUACCUUGAGGUUCUGACUGAGCUCCAGAGGGUAGAGUCGAGACUGCAACCAUUUGUGCAGCGGUACCAGGAGAUCCUGAGCACAGCCACGACUGCGGAUUACAACAAUAAUACUGAAGGCAGAGAAGAAGACCAGAGGAUCAUCAACCUUGUCGGAGAAGCCCUUCGUUUCUUGGGCAACACCUUUGUGGCUCUGUCUGACCUCCGGUGUAACUUGGCAGCUAACACUCCCCGUCACCUGCACGUAGUGAGACCUAUGUCCCAUUAUGCCUCCCCUGUGGUGCUGCAGCAGGCUGUGCCCAUUCAGAUCAAUGUUGGAACAACCGUCACCAUGACAACUAACGGCAGUCGGACACAGCACAUGGCCGAGGGGCAGGCAACGUCCCCACCCACUGCCAACACCACUCCUGCUGCCCAGCCGCAGGGCACAGAUUCACGGGAAGCGCCAGAGACCCAGGGGUCGCAGGCACAGACUCAGACUCCACAUCCCCGGGUCAUCCGCAUUACACACCAAACCAUGGAGCCUGUUGUCAUGAUGCAAAUGAAUCUUCAAGGAGAUUCUGCUGCGCCAGGGAAUGCUUCUGCAACUGUGUCAUCUGCAACAGGCAAUUCUGGCCCAGGUGCCAUGCCUCACAUUCAAGUCCCGGGGAUAACACCUGAAUUCAUGCAGACCAUCAUGCAUCAGAUUACCCAGCAGGCUAUGGCAGCAGCUGGUGCAAGCUCAGGCCAGCAGGUUCCUGGGUUCCAGCCUUCGCCUGCUCGAGUGGUGAUCACCCGGCCUCCACCCCCUCCCCCGCGGCAGACUGAGUCAGCAUCAGGACAGCAACCUGGCCCACAGGUUCCUCCUGGCUCGACCCCUGCCCCUGAUCCUAGCACUGGUACCAGCACCACCCCUGGCCCUGCUACUCUUGCUCAGAUGAUCACCGGACUGGUUGGGCAACUUCUGAUGCAGCCUGUCGUCUUCGCCCAGCCCCCGACUAGCGACAGCGGCACCGCAGCGGCCACCGGCGCCAGCACGACAGCUGCCUCGACCACCGCCACGUCUGCCACGGCCGGCCAAGCCCCCACCUCCACCACCAACUCCACCGGGACCACAGCCUCAGCCACGGCGGAUGGCAGCAACCAGCCCCCUGUCGCCCCCCCCGACGUCCAGUUCUCACAGCUCCUCGGCAACCUCCUGGGAGCAGCAGGCACCGGGGUCGCCGGCGUGGGCAGCGUGGGCUCACCCACCGUCACCGUGACGUUGCCGGGGAUGCCGGCCUUCGUGCAGGGCAUGACCGAAUUUCUGCAGGCGGCGCAGGGGGCUGCCACAGUGCCCCAACCAGCUCCGGCCGCCUCCCAGCCGACAACUCAGGCAGCACCUUCUCCUCCUCCUCCCCCUGCACCUACUGCUCCUCCGCCCCAGUUGCAGCCGAACCAGGACAGGGCCGGCAGCAGGCAGCAGGCUGGAGCAGACACCCUGACUCCGGAGUUCUUCACCAGCGUGGUGCAGGGGGUGCUGUCCUCCAUGAUGGGCUCGCUGAAUGCACAGCAGGGUAGCACGGAGAGCAUCGCCGAUUUCAUCCAGCGACUGAGCGGCACCAGCAAUAUCUUCGAGCCGGGAGCAGAUGGCGCUCUAGGAUUCUUCGGCGACCUCCUGUCUCUCAUUUGCCAGAACUUUUCCAUGGUGGACAUGAUCAUGUUGCUGCAUGGUCAGUUCCAGCCCCUGCAACGCAUCCAGCCUCAGCUGAACCACUUCUUCCAGGAGCAAUACCUCAACAACCAGGAGCCAACAGAACAGACCAUCCGGGCAUCAACAGACGUCUUGAUAAAUGGUCUGGAGGAGUAUAUCCAAGAAAGCUUUGCAUCUGUUGUAGUGCGUGAUGAUGUGAACAUCACUCGUACAAAUUUGGAUUUCUUAAGAGAGCAGUUCAACAGAAUCGCCACACACAUUCUCCAGUGCACUGACGCUAGUUUUGGUCACCGGCUGCUGGAGUUGUGUAAUCAGGCUCUGUUUGAGUGCUUGGCGCUGAACCUGUACAGUCUACGAGGAGAGCAGAGUGCGUUGACCACAGUAAUCAAUGAUCGGAUCCGACGUAUGUCGGUGGAUGUUAACCCCUCGCUGGUGAACUGGCUGACCACUAUGAUGGCAAUGAGGCUACAAGUGAUCAUGGAACAUAUGCCAGUGACAGAGGAGCAGAUCCUGCAGUACGUCAGGAGGAGGCUGCCUCAGGAGCCAGCGGCCCAGCAGAAUGUGUCUGAAGAAUGUAUGGAGGAGCACCCAGUCGAGUCUGAAGAGGCUGUACAGGAAGCACCACAGAGGAAGGACUCUACUGCUUCUCCGGCUCCUGCCACCACCGCAGAGGAGGUGAUGUCAACGGAGCCUGCUGUAUCAAUGGGGGCGGACGCUGCGCAGAGGGAAGGGUCGGAGGCAGAGCCUUGGGUGGCUGCUGUGCCACCGGAGUGGGUGCCCGUAAUCCGACAGGACAUCCAGACCCAGAGGAAGAUGAAGCCACAGCCUCCUCUCAGUGACGCCUACCUCAGCGGCAUGCCAGCUAAACGGCGAAAGACGAUGCAGGGUGAAGGGCCACAGCUCUCUCUGGCAGACGCCGUGGGUAAAGCUGCGAAAGCUGUCGGCGUCAAACCGGUUACCAGCACAGAGAGCCUGGCUCGGGAUCUGGAGAAAACAGAGGCCCAAGAAGCCUACAGGCAACAGAUUCAGUCCGACAUCCAGAAGAGGAUAAGAGAAGACCCAGAAUACAAUGCAGAGCGGUUUCCAAACACACACACUGCCUUUGAGGAGCCUUCAUAGUGCCACCUCCAUUCUCUCCCAAAAAGCCCACCUCCGUCAGGGACUUGAGCUAUUUGUCCGGUUUCUGAACAGGGAGCAAGCCGAAAGUUCCCACAUUGUGUUUGUGUGUGUGUGUGUGUGUGUGUGUGUGUGUGUGUGUGUGUGUGUGUGUGUGUGUGUGUGUGUGUGUGUGUGAGUGAGUGUCACCGUUGAGAAUCCACUCACUGUCCACACUGUUCAUUAUUCUCCUCCCACCAUGGAAAUCCCGUGUUGCACUUUUUUUUGUUGUUUGUUCUCAAUCUUGAAUAAAGUACCACGGCUCUGUGCAGCAGUGAAACCUGAUAGACCUCGACAAA